CAUCACACACCAGCUACAUAACAGACCAAUGCUUUACACAGAUCAACAACCAACACCUGAAUUAAGAGAGUAGAAUUUCCUUUUUAAAGAGAAGGAAAACCCUUGACACAGAACUUUACUCUUCAAAUUUCCAAUCAAGACAAGAGGACACAUCAUAAGGAUGGGAUCUGCUGGGGUACAGAUUGUAUGUGUGGCCCUUGGGGUCUUGGGCCUGAUCGGGGGCAUUGUGUGCUGUGCCAUCCCUAGGUGGAGAGUGUCAUCAUUUACAGGACAGAACAUCGUAACGGCACAGGAAACUGAAGAGGGCCUGUGGAUGAACUGUGUGGUGCAGAGUACGGGCCAGCAGCAGUGUAAGAGCUACGAGUCCUUGCUGGUCCUGCCAUCUGACCUGCAGGCGGCCCGCGCCAUGACCAUCAUCAGCUGCAUGGUCACCUCCCUGGCCAUCCUCAUCCUGUUCGCCGGCGCCGACUUCACCACCUGCGUGGAGAACGAGGACAUCAAGCCCAAGAUCAGCCUUGUGGCCGGGAUCGCCCUGUUGGUGUCUGGCCUCCUCCUCAUCAUCCCCGUCAGCUGGUCGGCCCACAAAGUCAUCAGCAACUUCUACAACCCCCUUGUGGCCCAGAAGAUGGAGCUGGGAACCUGUAUCUUUAUUGGCUGGGCUGCUGGGGUGCUGCUGAUUCUGGCUGGAGGCCUGCUCAUGUGCUUCAGCAGAGCCAAAUCUGGCAGCUCGGGAGGAACCGCUAAGUACUACAGCAACAGCGCCUCAGCCCCCGCCACCAACAAGAACUACGUGUAGAGCAUGUAGUACACCUCUGUAUGUUUGUAUGUGAGUAUAGAGAUAGUUUGAUGGAAAGGAAAUGGGUCAGACAGAAUGGAAACAAGAAAAGGGAGGGUGGUCCUAUGUUUCUUUUAACUCAAUAUACUAUAAAAUUACUAAAACCAAAUAGAAAUUGUAGAAAUGAUCAUGUACAUGUACCUACAUUCAUACAGUUUCUUACCUGUGUCCAGCUCGCUAAUAAUCACCGAAAUGAAAGUUAGACAGUCAGGGAGCACCGGAAAUUCCAAAAACGAUGGACCAAUUUUCAAUGUGGCCCUCCGUACCUCGUUGAAGACCAAAUGCGGCCCCCAGGGCAAAAUGAGUUUGACACCCCUGUUGUAAUGUGUUAUCUCGUUUAGUUUUUUUAUGCUGGGUGACGGGUUUCUAUAAUGCCAUGAACGAACAACAGAGAGCAAGGUGAGGGACUCAAGUGUUCAUGCAUUUCAAAAUACAGGUAUAGUCAAAUGACUGUAUAUAUAAUUCAGGUCCAUGAGAUCACAAUUUUUUUACUUAUGUAAAUCAGCUUGUCUUUUACUUUUGUGUAUCAAAUAAUAAAUACAUGUUUUUAUUUUA